AUGGAGGUGAGGAGACGGCGAAGCUGGGCCGACAUUACAGAGGGUGAUGCCGAGGGGGACGUGACAGAGGUGCUCGUCCAAGCAGAGCGAAGUGAUGACCAGGAUGGACAUGCGAUUCAGGAGUUGCCUGAGGCACGGGCUCUGGAAGUACCUGCUACUAUUCGGAAAACUGGGCGCAACUGUGGGAUAUGCAGACACACACUUUGCCGCGACUUCCGCAACUGCUCCAGGGAAGACCACCGAUCAAACCGAUUGUGCCACGCGGAGCUUCAGGGCGACUGUGAGCAUUACUGCACCACCUGCUAUCGCAAGAGGUGCCGGAGUGACUGGUGGAUCACCGAGGGUCUCGUCGUCUGCAACUGCAUUACAGCAGAGAAACGAGAGGAGCUGCUCGGUUGCCUGCAGUCUGAAGACUGUCCAUGUCUUCACUGA